AAAGUCUCGAAAAUCUGCAUAGACCGGCAUGUUCACUUUACGCCAUGUAGAAAUGAUAAAAUGGGUAAAAAACAAUAUUUUUUAUGUACUGUUCUUUAAACGUGGAAAGAAUACAAUGAAAAUGCAUCGAAUAGGGUUCUCUUAUCAUGCCGUGAAACUGUAUGCCAGUAUCAUCUCAGAUACGGUCCGUUACGCACGCUUGUUGAAUCGUUCCCCGCUUCGAAUGGCACCUGCUGCUGCUGCUUAUUGUAUUAUCGGAGCUGGACCUUCCGGUCUAUGCACCGCCAAACAGGCGCUAGCACUCGAUAGCCAUGCUACGGUGACAGUGUUUGAACAAUCUAAGCAAAUUGGAGGCUUGUGGGCUUACACUGACAACACUGGAAAAGAUUCAAACGGCUUGGAUAUUACAUGCAUGUAUGCGAAUCUUCGCACAAACCUCGUCAAACAGGGCAUGGGAUAUCCGGACUAUCCCAUCGACGAACAAGCGCCUACAUUCGUGACGAUUAGCGAUGUGAUAAAGCAACUGGAAGGGUACGUCGACAAGUUUCAAUUGAAGAAGGUAAUUCAAUUUGAACGCGAAGUGGUUCGAGUGACCCGAAAUUUCAGUACCGAUCGCUGGGACGUAUUGGUGAAAGAUGUAGCCGCCAAUCGAUAUACCAUGCAUCAGUUCGAUUUCGUACUGGUAUGCAAUGGUCAUUACAGUUCACGAAUAAUUCCAUCUUUCCCGGGACAGAACAUAUUCCGAGGCCAGCAGCUGCACAGCAAAGAUUAUCGCCGUGAAGAAAACUAUCGUGAUCAGCGUGUGCUUGUUGUUGGUGGAGGACACAGUGGAAUGGAUAUAGCACCGGCCAUUGCUCUACAUGCCGAUAAGGUUGUGCUGAGUCAUCGGUGUAAUGAUCCCGUUCAUACCGGCGAUCGAGUUGUACAGAAGCCGGAAGUGUUGCGCCUAACGCAAACUGGUGCAGAAUUUGUGGAUGGCACACAGGAAGAUUUUGACACCAUUAUCUACUGCACGGGAUAUCGCUACUCGACACCGUUUCUCUCCGUGGACUGUGGCGUGUCGUUAGAGGACAACACCAUCAGUCCCUUGUAUUAUCACUGCAUCAACAUCAACCAACCGACUAUGGCCUUUAUCGGGCUGCCUUUCAACGCCUGUCUUAUGCUUAUGAUGGAUCUGCAAGCAAGAUUUUGCCUGAAAUUCUUUACCGGCCAAAAACAGUUGCCGGGCAAGCAACAAAUGCUAGAGUGGUGGCAGAAAGAUCAGCAGGAGCGAAAUGAGCGUGGUUUAAGUGGGAAGCUAUCUCACAUGUUAUCUGGAGAUUUUCAGCAACGGUACUAUGAUGAUAUUGCGCGAAUUGCCGAGAUAGAAACACUGAAGCCCGUGCUCGCGAAAAUGCACGCUGAUUGCAUCAACAGUAAAAAGAAGGAUGUUAAUUUUCGUAAUUUUGAGUAUCGUAUUGUUGACGAUGAUCAUUUUAUUAAGGUUCAAAUACCACCCACAACAACGAUGAGCUAAAAUCGCAACGAUGAUCGAGAUUUUAUGGUUCAGAGCGAUGACCGUCGUACUGUUCUUUCAGACCAUUUACAUUCAGUCGAAGUAUUUAGAAACUGAUUUUCGAUAUACUAUUCCGUUGAGCAACACACAAUUAAACAUGUAUGAGUCAAUAUUGCGAAAAUGGUUCUUGAUGUACUACGAAUGCUUUACUAGAUAUUAUCAAAAAGUAUACGUUUUAUUAGAAACAUCCAAAAAUAUAAAUGCAUAUACAACUGAA